ACUAUUCAAGGUCGAAGGUCGGACGGGAGCAGCUCAUUAUCCACCGCUCAAAGUAGACGAGAUGGUGUCGCUGCGAAGCUUCCAGGCGCUGCGUCGCGCGGCGCAUCUGGCUGCCAAGUCCUCUGGUGGUCGUCUGGCGCCUCUCCAGUCGCUGGCACCGCAGACUCGCCCCUUCUCGCAGGCGCAUACACCGUCGCAGGCCGUGGACCCCAAGGACAUCCUGAAGCCGGAACUACCCAAGGUCACCAAGCCGCAGCUGUCGCUGGAGCAAGAGCUGCCGGGCCUACCCCAGCUUAAGCCUGCUAGCCAGCUCAAGCCUCCGCAGACGGAGAUUUCGGUGCUGCCCUCGGGUCUGCGCGUCAUUUCGCAGGAGACUUAUGGUCAGGCUGCCACGCUCGGCAUCUUCAUUGACGCCGGCAGCCGCUUUGAGGACGACGACAGCAUCGGUGUGAGCCACCUUCUGGAACACCUUGGCUUUAAGAGCACCACGUCACGCUCGCAUGCGCAGUUGGUGCACGAGAUCGAAGACAUUGGCGCACUCACAACGUCCUCGUGCGGACGCGAACAGAUCAUCUACACCAUCGACUUACUGCGCGACAACGUGGAGAAGGGUCUAGAGCUGUUAGCCGACGCCAUCCUCAAUGUGGAUUUAGUGCCUGAGGAGAUGGAGGGCAUCAAGGCUAUCAUGCGCAUCCAGACGGAGGACCUGAUGGAGAACCCACCUGCCAUGCUGCAGGAAUUCAUCCAUGCCGCUGCAUAUGGCGCAGAUACGCCACUCGGACGACCGCUGCAGUGCCCACUGGACAAGAUUGACGCGCUGACCGUGGAGAAGGUCAAGAAGUUCCGUGACCAGCACUUUGUUGCUCAGAAGAUGGUCCUUGCUGGCUCCGGUGUGGACCACGUUCGCCUGGUCAAGUGCGCGGAGAAACUCUUUGCGAACGUGCCUGUGGCUUCGGCUGAUUCGCCCAUGGCAACUCCCUCGAGUCCCGAGACACUCGAGCCGGUGAUCUACACAGGAGGACUGUACCCACUCCCAAACCCGGAGUCGGAGUUUUCCUACGCGGCGCUGGCAUUCCCUACGGGUGGCUGGCACGACGAAGACCUAGUGCCGAUCUGUGUGCUGCACACGCUGCUUGGCGGUGGUGACAGUUUCUCUGCUGGUGGCCCUGGCAAGGGUAUGUACUCUCGGUUGUACACGAGCGUUCUGAACCGCUUCUACUGGGUUGAGUCAGCCUUCGCGUUCUCGUCCAUCCACGCUGACGUGGGUCUCCUUGGCAUCUACGGCGCUUGCAUUCCGUCGCACACCAGCAACCUCGUGGCGCUGUUGUGCAACCAGAUGCUCAGUGUUGCCAACCGACCUGUCGAUGCUAUUGAGCUUGCUCGUGCGAAGAACCAGCUUAAGUCGUCUGUGCUUAUGAACCUCGAGUCGCGUAUGAUCCUGUACGAAGACAUUGGCCGCCAGCUACUAACCUAUGGAGAGCGCGAAACACCCGAAUCUGUGUGUGCGAAGAUCGACCAGGUUACAGCCGCAGAUAUCCAGCGAGUUGUGAAGGAGGCCAUGCAGAAUCCUCCUAGUCUCGUCUAUUCGGGAGACAUCCCCCAAUUCCCGCAGUACCAGCAGGUUGUUGCCGGUAUCAAGGAAGGACUAAGCGAGUAAGUGUACUAAGUCUGUCAGGUUGAGUGGCGAGAUCUACGUGAUUACAAAUAGGACGAGAUAACGCUGCGCAAUCUAGACAAGGGGGAAACAAUAGAAAAGGCUUAAAACGAUUUCUUGAAUAUGAUGGUCAGUUGUGAGCACAGCCAAUAGAAUA